AUGUCAUUAGUAAAUGAAGGCAAUCAGUUUGCUUUUCGUCAGCUAUUAAAUUAUAUAAAAGCAGGCUUUUAUAUUCCUUGUGAGCAGACUGCGAAAAAAAUAAUAGACAAAGCUUAUGAUUGGAGUUGGGAUCAACUAUUUGAUAUAAUGAAUACUAAUGAUGAAUUUGUUAAUUUAAUGAUGAAUAUAUGGAGUUCAAAAACAAAUCAAAGAUACAUUGGAGUGAUGGCAACAUGGAUCGAUUCAGCCUUUAAAUUAAAGGAGACUUUAUUAACAAUACAAUUGCUUUUUUCACCACACAUAGCUGAAGCUAUUGCAAACUCUCUUAAUCAAGUUAUCACUGAUUGGGAACUCACAGAUCAAAUUUUUUGCAUUAUAACCAACAAUGGAGCUAAUGUUAAAAAGAUGACUGGUUUAAUGAACAAUAAUCAGAAUGGUGUAAUAGACUUGAUGGCUACCAAUAUAUUUUCUGGUUCAAGCUAUCCUACUCUUAACUUCAUUUAUCCAACAAUAAGAUUGCUUAUUGGGAAAUUCGUACCUUUUCCUAAACAAACCGAAGAAGAUUAUGCUGAAUUAUUAUUUAAGCCUAUCGGUUCAAGUCAACCAACCAAUGAUGAAGAUCAUGAUAAACUUGAUAUAAAAGAUGAAUUCGAUACACUAAUAAUUUCAGAGCAACUCUGUCAACCAUUAAAACCCUCAGUUGAACUUGACAAGUCACCUACUAUGUUAACUCUUAAACCUGCAACAACUAAUAACUUGAUUGCGGCUUUAUAUAAUAGCGAAGAACCUAACAAUGAAGUUCUUAAUAAAACUGAAGUUCACUAUUAUCUUCGUGAACCUUUUAAGAAAAUAGGCUAUAAUCCACUAGUAUGGUAG